UCUAAUGUCUAUUUUUCCCAAUCAACCGUCACAAAAAUGGCUGCGCUUAGAGUAUUUAGCCGUAAUUUACCAUAUUUUCGACAACAAUUUUCAGCAUUACUAGGAAACACAUCGCCUUCAGUGAAAUUUAUUUGCGUUGUCGUAGUAAUAGGAUACGUGUUAUCGUUCUCUGAAGAUGUCGUAAACGUUCUAAGUGUAACACCAGGAUAUUUAUUGCCUCCUUCGUUUCAAUUGUGGUCUACUUUUACGUUCUGGUUUCUCGAGAUACACUUAUGGGAAGUAGUUAUCGACAUAGUAACUGUGGGAUUGUGUGGGAAAUUAAUAGAACCGCUAUGGGGUCAAAUGGAAAUGAUGAAGUUCUUCUUUCUGACGAACUUUGGCGUGGCAUUUCUGACGACGUUUUACUACUUGGUGAUAUUUGCGUGCACGGGGCAGACAUCGUAUCUGUUUGACAUACAUGUGCACGGCCUGGCGGGAUACCUGGCCGCGGUGUGUGUGGCAGUAAAGCAGAUAUUACCUGACCAUCUCCUUGUAAAAACACCCUUAGGCAAACUUACAAACAGAUCUCUACCACUCCUCCUGCUUAUAGCGGCUAUAAUCCUAUGGGCCAUUGGAGCCCUGGAGGGCACCUACCCAUGCAUGUGGGGCAGUGGUACCAUUCUGUCAUGGAUGUACCUGAGGUUCUGGCAGAGACAUAGCAGCGGGACCAGAGGGGAUAUGGCCGAUAACUUCAGCUUUGACAACUUCUUCCCAACAGUCCUACAACCUAUAGUGAGGGGCAUCCUGGGCCCGCCGCACCGCUGCUUGGUGCGCAUAGGGCUCUGCUCGCCCAGCCAGCGCCGGGUGCACCUGGCCAUGAGUCCUCGCGGCGUCACCAUCUCCAUGCCGGGCGUGGAGCCCCAGGACAUGGAGAGGAGACGACAAAUCGCGCUCAAAGCUCUAAGCGAGCGCCUCUCCAAAACGUCCGAACAGACGCGACAGAAGAACCUCUCGACCAAAGUGAACAUGGAGGCCGUCCGCAAAGCGCAGACCUCCAACGUCAUCCCCCCUUUCCCCGCCGAGCCCGCGCCGACCCCGGAGGCCACGCUUGUGGACCUGGAGACGCCCACGACGAAGCAGUCAUGAUCUAUGAACAAUCUGCAGUAGGAAUGGUCACUGGGAUGGUUGAAAUUGGGUGAUAUGGUGUGUUUGGGUCUGACGAAUUUGCCGCUAGCGCGCUAUUUGCUCAUCGCCGUCGAUAUAUACGUCGAAACAACGAUCCAUUAUAAGAUGUGUGGAAUUUAAGAUAGAUUCGUGCUUGGAAUUUGCCAGCCGGCUUAGCACAGGAGCGCCGCGAAACUAUCUGGCCCGCGAGAUAGACUACCAGUCUUUUUCUAACUGUAUUAGUGAGCUCGAACAGUGGCAUUGACCGCCGGCAUCACGGGCUGGACAGCAAUAUAAUUACGCGCGUGCGAUAAAGAUAGAAACAGGCGCGUUAAUGUACGAAAUUAUUCGUACUUAACGUCCUUACUUUACCAAAAACAAAUGAGUCGGUACGCGGGCAGUUCGGCUUACCUUUCGCUGUCAGACGCAAUCGCGCGUUCGCGCCAUCUUCGCCAGAUCCGGACGUACUAAUAGAAAAGAGUGUAACUAGCGGUAGCACUAGUUCAGCGGUCGGCAACCUUUUAGCAGCCAAAGGCCACAUAGCAGUUAAAGAAGUGGACGCGGGCCGCACUUUGUUGUUAUUUAUGACUUUAUCGGACGUCGUUUGUCAAUAUUACAUACAAAAUAGCUAGGGAGGCUCGCGGGCCGUAAGUGAUAUGUUCGGCACGCGGGACGCUGGUUGCCGACCGCUGCACUAGUUGAUCUAAAUUAUCAAGAAAUCUAUUUGUAUUUUAGGUAGGAGUACACAAAACGUAAGACCUGUAUGGUUACUUAUGUUUUUGUGUAUUCUACAAUAAAUACAAUAAUAUGAUAAUUUAAAUCAUCCAUUGCUACUGUAAAGGAAGACGAGUGCUAAAGUGGAAAAGAACAUGCUUGCAUGAGCUUUAGCACUCUAUUAUAUUAUAAAUCUACAUCAGCAUGAUUGCGUCGUUUAUACUAUAAAGCCAGCCACACAAAAAAAAUCUGUCACUUUCCGACUGACUGACAAAUUCUGCCAGUCGCGAUGGCCCGAAACGCCAAGUGCCUUUUAAGCAGAUUUGCGAGAAUAUAAUCGGGCCAUUGAUAGAUUCCUCUUUGUUUUUGUUAAACAUUUCUGUAUAACCUAAUAGCAAGCCGAACCAGCCUGGCAAACAUCGGAUUUCUAGAAGUCUAGACAUAACGCUUCAAGGAUCAGAAGUCAAACCGCGGUCUAAUAAUUAUGCAUUCGUAUGCAUACGACACAGUUAUGGAGAUCUUGGUCUACCAGAGGGCCUAGCCAUGGUGCCAAUCAUUUCGGCCAUAGCGAACGAAACAUUGACGUAUAUCUAGGACUGGCCUUAAGGGCAAUAAGAAUGGGGCCAGUACAGCGGUGUGCCAUCACUACAAAGCGAUAGGUUGAUGAGUUCGCAUCGCGCGCGAUUGGUCGUCGCAACUAGUUGCGUUAGACUGCACGAUUGGCUCGAAUUCGUGAGGCAGACCUCUGAACUAGCACCAUUGUUAGUGCCUGUCUUUAGAUAUACAUCAAUGGAACGAAACGGUAAUCUCUCUAUCAUUCUUCCAUAUUUAUUGGCAUCUUGGCUAGGCACCCAGGUAUUGCAGUAAAUUGCGUUGUAUGGUCAUGUCAUGAACAAAUGUUGCCUAUAAAUCAGCUAAUUUAUUGGCCCUUGUAAGCGUUCCUUAUGUUUUAACCUUUUGAACGCCACAUACUGCGAUUGACGUCGAUCGUUUUUUGAUAAAAAUUACUGAAAAACACCCCACUUUUAGGUUGGCAUUAUUUAUUCACAAAACUAAAUUUUACCCCCGUGGCGUCAGUGGCACGGCAAAUGGAUGCCCCGUUUGGCGUUCAAAAGGUUAAACAAAAAGUUGAGAGGUUUAUAGAAUAUGCUUAUAAAAUGAAAUGAGACGAAUUUUUCAGGAUAUCUUUUAAAACUAGUAUUUUCUGUUACUGUAUGCGAUUUUAGUUAGGUGUAAAUCUUUAAAAUAAAUCAUCUGUCAAUUCUUAACUAGAGGUAAUCGCGGCGAACGAUAAACAAACGUUAUUUUCUAAAUGCGUGGCGCAUUAAGUGUUAUAAAAAUAUAUGGGGUCCAUUUUUCGUCGUUUGUGAGCUAUUAAAAUGUAAAGUCGCCAUCGGAUAUAUCGGUGCGGGCAAGGUGUUCACAAAUAUCUGAACCGAAAAAAAAGCUUCUAUUGUUAAGACGUUAAAGUGCAUGUUCAGAUAUAUUAGAGCAGCUUGGCCGCUCCGAUAUAUCUGAUAUCGACUAUACAAACAAAAAAACCUUCUUAAUCUUAACUUGUUCCUUGAUGGAACUUAUAGAAUAGAGAGCGUUUAUUCGUGACAAAAAAAAGAAAAAACGAGUAACACAACAUAAUGGUCACGAAAUGGUCUCGACUCAGCAGGUGCUAGCCUGGCUAGGCUAGUGCUGGUCUUCCGUCGGGGCCAUGAUCUUUAUGUCUAUGUAUGGUAUUUCGGAUUGAACAGUGAUAUUUUAGUAACAGCUAAACCUAAGCUGUUUGCACACAGUAAUUUCAGAAGCUUAUCAGAUUUGCCACAAAUAGCGAUUUCACUGUGGUUAAGGCCGGUUUCCUAAUUUGGCUUGGAAUACAAGCCUAUCAAGAAUUAUAAAUAAAUUGAAGUGAAGCAUUUCUAAAAAAGAUUAAAAUUAUGAAACAUAAUCAACAAUAUUCUAUUUAACCUUUUGAACGCCACAGACUGCAAUUGACGUCAUCGCAAAAUCGUGACAACGACGCCAAAGACGGCAUUUGACGUCGAUCGUUUUUUGAUGAAAAUCCACUGAAAAACACCCCACUUUUAGGUUGGCAUUAUUUAUUUACAAAACCUAAAUUUUACCCCCGUGGCGUCAGUGGCACGGCAAAUGGAUGCGCCGUUUGGCGUUGAAAAGGUUAAAAAAGUAAGUAACUAAAUAUAUUAAAUUUGACUUUUUUUGUACAAAAGUAUCGCCCGAUCUCGCAAAGCUAAAUGAGCAAGCGACUAAAAGUUAAAGAAUCCCUAAUUAUAAUAUUCUAGCAGUGGAUGCUCAGUAAUAAGCAUUUAACAAUGAAUUUAUUUUUCCAAUUGGAAUUUCUGCAAAUGCGCAGUAAAUUCUUACAAUUCUAGUAUUUAUGUUAUUUCUCUUGAGCCCAUACUUGUUUCAGUAUGGGGACAGCGAGUACGGUAUAAAAAGAAAGAUAUUUUUUGCAGAUUUUAAUGCAUUUGUUAAAAUUGGUAUCAAGAUAUUUGGAGGUGUGAAUGAGACUUGUAAAUAUAAUUAAUAUUGACUAGUGUUACAUUAAUAAAUAAUAUCCAAUCAA